AUACAAUACUUAUUUGCUUCUUGAAGAAGAAAAUUAUUAAUGCUGUUAGUCUUCUUCAAGUUAUAACAAAGUAUACUGUAUAGACCGCACAGUACGCUACGGUACAUUGUUAGCUUGAAUUAGAAAGAUGCACUUCGGUCCUACAAACGCGUUCGGAACAGUAUAUCAGAAAGAGGCUGUACAUGCGACGCCAUAUGUGUUGAUCCGACUGCUGAUGUUGAAAAGGAUUUAAUAUUAUUUCGGUGAAGAAUUUUAUCAGAGGAAGCUACAUGUACAUGAAGAUGAUGAAUAUCCUGAAGUGACAUUUUUUUGUGAAAUUUUUUAUCUUUUAAUAUCAAUUCAUGUCUCAUAGAUAUAUAAAGAAAAGAAAAUCACAGGUAACUUAUAUUGUUCAUAAAGAUGGAAAGAGUAGGAAGGUGACAAAAUCGUUUAAACGUGAAUCUCCUGGUAUUUCAACUGAUACUGACCAGAGAGGUGAAACAACAGCAAAUGAUGAUGUUAUUUUUGAUGGUGUCCAAAUACAAGUACCUGAGGAGAAUGUCAGAAGUUUGGCUGCAUUAGAAGAAGCACCUUCAUGUGACCAAAAAAAAUAUGAGAAGGCAAAGUACAAGAGACUGGAAAAUUGGGCAGAAGUGAGCAAGAAGCUGUACCAGAAAGGACUGCAAAAGCAAUAUUUAACUGGCUCUACCUGCAAUCAGUGUAACAUUGAUACAACUGACCUUUACAGAUGUAUUGAUUGCAUAAAUUACCAUGCUACCUGUCUACCGUGCUUGGAAAAACGUCAUGAAUUCCCUCAUCUUCAUAUUUUUGAGAAGUGGAUGCAUGGUACAUUUAUUGGAUUUUCAUGUCCAACUCCUGUUUGGGAAGAUGGUAGUCAUCAGGAGUGUUCAACAUCUUACCAGAAAGACAUAGUUGUUGUUGAUGACAAAGGUAGACAGCACAUGAGGACAAUAGAGUUCUGUGCCUGUGAAGAAGAGGCUGUAACAUUGUUGCAAUAUGAUUUGUGGCCAUCUUCACCAAAGCAUCCACGUCUUGCUUUCCACAUUGAUCUUUUGAGAUGGCUGAACGGUCUCUUACUUGAGUGCCAGGUUUCAGCCAAAGGCUUCUGUGAAGCACUGAAGGCUAGACAACCUAAGCUUUGUAAAUUCCUUGUGACUAAGGAAGGAAAGGAAAUAUAUAAACUGCUGAUAAAUGAAACCAUACAUCAAUUUCGGCAGUUUUUGUAUUGUAUGGAUUAUCCAACCGAUGCAGACCUAGAUAAUGGAUGUUCCUGUCCAGCAUGCUUUCAGUGUGAGACAAAGAUCUUUUGUUUUGAUGCUGACUUUCAAUUGGUCAGAAAGACAUCCUCUGGUCAGCAAUGGUUGUCCCCUAAGCACCAAGAACGUUUUUUUUUAGAUCAGAAAGAGGUGGACAGCUUUAUGUGUACAUAUAACAACUCACCUGUUGAUAAUGACUGCAGCGAUUUUCAAGCUGGAAGCAACAUCAGAUCAAAGGCAAAGAAUAAAAAGCUAUCAGAGACAGCUGUGUUUGGAGCCACUUGUAGACAUGAUUAUCCACAGAAGUUCUUUAGUCUAAAACACGGAGAACGACUUGGAUAUGCAGUGUAUCUGAUCAAAUUGCUUCUCAAUGAGAACAAUGAACAGAAGAUGCAUGUCUCCUAUGAUAUAGCUUGCCUAUUGAAGAAGCAUUUGCAGAAAAAUGGUCAUGAAGAUAUUCUGAAGAAAGUAUCAUUUUCCAUACCAAUAUUCCACUGCUAUGGGCAUGGUGUUCCAUGUCAGAUUUUGUAUGGACCUAGAAGAACUAAAAAUCUUGGGUUGACAGAUGGAGAAGGGAUAGAGAGGCUUUGGUCAUAUCUUGGCAAGUUUUCAUCAAUAACUAAAGAGAUGUCACCAGAAAACCGAACCGAUUUGUUGACAGAUGGCUUGAUUUAUUAUGGACAGAAGAUUAAAGACAAGUUAGGUGACACUCUUGUAUCAAAGUAUAAAAGAGCAUCAAAAUUAGAGGAGAACAGUAACACUUCAUUGCUAGAAAUGUUAUCUUCAUUUCCAGAUGGUGAAGCUGAUAUGGACAUAAUUGAGGAAUGGGUGAAUGAAGAAAAGACAGCUAUCUUGUCCAGAAUGCAGAACAGUUCAAAUGAAUCUGAAUAUAUUCUUAGCAAGACAGAUAUUUAUGCUUUGGAUCUGCAGAAAUAUUAUAGAAUAAGAUAUGAUGGAAAUAUCACUGGAAAUCAGGAAGAUCUUUCAAGGUUUGAAAAGAAGUUAUGUGCAUAUGAAAAUAAGAACAAGAUGAAAAGAAUGGAUAAAGACUGUGAGACUUUCAUAUCUUGUUUGAUAGCAGCAAAGACCAAGGAGAAAAAGCUAGCACUGACUGCAAUUCGCCAGCAUGUUUCAGAGAAGCAGUAUCUGUUGAAACUAAUAAGGAAAUAUGCAAAGGGGCAAUCAAUUUACCAUCGACUUUCGAAACAGCUUAAGUGUGUCAUCAAAAAAGAGAAGAAGUCAAUAGAUGGAUACAACAAAAUAGGAGAGCCCUGUUUUAACAUGCCUCUGAUUAUUUGCUCUGAUGAUGUUAAUACUGUUGAGAGCGAGAUUUUCAAUUGCCUAGGACAGAAUCAAGGAAGCUCCAGAAUACCAUCAGUAAUGAAACAGGAAAUUGUCCAGUUGAAAUGCCUUGUCACCAGAUGUCAGGAAGAGAAAGAACUCCUAAAACAAGAAAUGUCCUCGACUUUGAAUUGGUACCAAGACCAACUCGUGAAAUUAAGGAGGAAGUUGGGAGAACUUGAUACUUCUGGGAGUUUCUCACUUCUUAUACGAGAAGGAAUGUACUUGGAAAUGUUAAUUACACAUUUAAGUAAUCUUUUCCAAGAAUAUAUUGGAGAUACAUUUACUCCUCUACCUUUAAUUUUAACAGAAAAUGUAAUGUCAGAUGACCAUAAAAAAAUGUCUGAAAUGUUGGCUUACCUGGCAUCUGUUGAAGAUUUAUUAGUAGAUGGAGAUAGUGACAGUGAUAUAGAGAGUGACAGUGAAGAUGAGAGUGACCGUGAGACCGAAUCAGCUUAAAAAGUUCAUUUUAUGUGCUUUACUCUUGGUAAAUGAUAUAUAAUUAUAGGAUUCACCCUGUCUGUUUGUCCACCCAUCUAAAUUUUUUUCCACACAUCUUGUUUUUGCAAAACCUUUAAAAUACCACUUUUAUACAAAUCUUGAUAAGUUCUAAAAUUAAACGACUUUUUCAAACCAGUUGAAGCUAUCAGGGGCCUUAUUCAAACAAUAUAUUGAACAUUAAACUUUUAAUAAAGACAUGUUUAACCCAUCGUAAACACAUCAAACUAAACAUUUCAAAUAACUUUAAUUUGUCUUUAAAAAUUUGAUUCAGAAACUCAAAAUUUUAAACGGGUUUUUUGCUGUUUGAUCCAACAUAGCUGAUACGUAAUGUUCAGUAUGUGAAAGUUAUUUAACAUUUUGGAAUAAACUGGAUAUCAAACAAUUAACUCAGAAAAAUGGAAGUUUGUUAGUUAUUUGUCUAUAAAUUAUUGUUUUAAUAAAGAAAAAUAUUUAGAGCUACAGGAUUUGAUAAAAGAUAACUUAUUUUAAAAUAGAGAAUAAGCCUUUUAAGAAUUGAGACAGCUAUUGGAAAAAACGUAAAGAUAGAUCAGAGUGUCUGUUUAAAUUCCUCUCUUGGUAAAGUUGAGGAUGAGCUUCAUAUUUUGUUAGAAUGUCCACUAUAUAAUGUUAAUAGAGAUGUUUUUCAAUAUGUUUUAAACAUUUUUUAUAAUUUUAAAACCUUAAAUAAGUCUUCCAGAUUUUUAUGGAUCUUGUCACGAAAAAGUUUAUCUCUAAUGAAAAGAUGGACUGUUAUAUUGGCUAGUGUUUUGAAUUAAGGAGAUCAGGGCUGAAUAUUGAUACUAGUAAAUACGUUUAUAACAAAUGUAUAUAAUGUAAUUUUAUCAUUUAAUUAAGCAUUCAUAAAUUAUGUGGUUGAUGAUUCUUGAUUGAUUCUUAUACAUGUAUACUAAAUUAACAUGUACACUGUGAUGUUUAUUGCUGUAUUAAUUAUCAAAUAUAUCUAACAAUUGUGAUAGAAUUUUAUACCCGUAAUGGGCCCUGUAAUUUGGCAAAUUAAAAUAUUUUAUUCUA